AUGGACCUCCAUCAUUCUGAUGACAAUUCCACAGUCUCUCGCGUUGAUUUGAAUCAUUCACAAAGAUCAGACUUAUCUUCUCCAUUGACUCUUUCGCCCCCUGGUCCUUCCAUUCCAUCGGCACCUAUAUCCACUUCCUCUCCCGUUCUGAUACAUCCUCACCCUAUCACCCCUCAGUGUGGACCCAUGAAGAGGGGGUCCCCGGGGCUGACGUGUGUUGUAUGCGGGGACACCUCCAGUGGAAAGCAUUAUGGGAUUUUGGCCUGUAAUGGAUGUAGUGGAUUCUUUAAAAGGAGUGUUCGAAGAAAAUUGAUCUAUAGAUGUCAGGCGGGCACGGGUAUGUGUUUGGUCGACAAGGCUCAUAGAAACCAAUGCCAGGCCUGUCGUCUGAAGAAGUGUCUGCAUAUGGGAAUGAACAAAGAUGCUGUGCAGAAUGAACGCCAGCCGAGAAAUACAGCACAAGUUCGCCACGAUCAGAUACCUGCUGAACUGGAUAACCCUUUCAUUCAAUCUCAUGUGACCAUCUCAGCUACUCACCCGGCCUUUAGUCCCCCAGCCAAUACUCGAGUAUUCCAAGGAAUGUCGCAUCCCGAAGCUCACUCGAAACUGGAGCAAGUAGAAUCUAGUCGAGAUGAAAACAUAGAUGUCACAAACAUUGAAACCGAGCAGAAUAUCGUUCCACACCCACAUGCAUACUCGGAACCUCUGAUUUACUCGUCAGGCCAGGAAACGAUAUACGAGUGUUCGGCUCGACUGUUAUUUGUUGCCAUUCGGUGGGCAAAAAAUCUUCCAUCAUUUGCAAAUUUACCUUUCAGAGAUCAGGUAAUUCUUCUAGAAGAAGCAUGGAGUGAGUUGUUUUUGCUGUGCGCCAUUCAGUGGUCUAUGCCGAUGGAGACGUCACCGCUUCUUAUGACGCACGAAACAGUACAGCCGCAAAUGGCGAACCUAAAAACAGGAAACCAGUACCCUGAUGUUCGCUUACUCCAAGAAAUAUUCAGAAAAUUUAAAAAUACGCAAGUGGAUCCUGCGGAAUUUGCUUGCUUGAAAGCAAUCGCUCUAUUUAAGCCAGAGACUCGUGGACUAAAAGAUCCCAUUCAGGUAGAAAAUUUCCAAGACCAAGCCCAGCUAAUGUUGUCACAGCACGUGCGGUCUAACUACCCAACACAACAUGUCAGGUUUGGCCGCCUACUUUUGAUGAUCCCGUCACUCAGGUUCGUGUCGUCAGACAGGGUAGAGAAGAUAUUCUUUGGGAGGACAAUUGGAAGCGUGCCCAUGGAGAAACUCCUUUGUGAUAUGUUCAAAGGAUAA